GCUGGGAGAGGGGCAUCGCGCCCUCUUCCCGGCGAUCCUCACCUACAAGCUUGCCUGCGACCGGCGGGUCAUCAUCCAGCUGCGUGAGCGUACUCGGGGGAACAGCGCCACGCAGCUGCAAAAAAAACUCUGUGAGGCACACACAGAGGCCUGGAUGCGGCGGUCCAUACACUACCUCAGCGUCAUGGAGCCCUUCACGUCGACGGGUGUCGUGCGCCAGUGCACCCCACCGCCGAAACCAUCGCCAGACGUGCCGCAGUACGGCUGGCUGUUGGUGGUGUACUGCCACGACAUCCUGUCUCGCCUGGAGGACGUGAAGGCCCGGGUCACCUCAGUCUUUGGAUCCAUCCUGAAGAUGGAUUCGACCAAGAAGGUGACCCGGAAGCUCGCCGGUGCCGCCGCCCAUACCGCAGCCUGGGCGACCAACGUGGGCAACGAGCACGGGCAGGUGCUAAUGUCCGUGCUCACGGCCACCGAGGGGGGUGGCCUGUUGCCCAUGGCCGCGGGGUUAAUGCGGCGGUACCGGGACGCUGGGGUAGCGCAGCCUCGGCUCCUCUAUGUCGACCGGGACUGCUGUUCGUCCCACGAACGCAGCAACUGCUGCGUUCCAGGAGUGGGACAAGCUGGUGGUCCGGCUGGACAUUUGGCACCUGAUGCGACGCUACGCAUCAGGUGUCACAACCGAGAGAGCCAACAGCUCUACAAGCCCCUCCUGCAGCAGCAGUCUGCCAGUAUCUUCCUGUGGGACCCAGAGGACACAGCCCGGUUGCUGAACGCCAAGAGGAGGACGCUAUAG